AGUUGCCAGUUAUAUCUUGCAGCAAAUAAUGAAAAUGAAAUUAUCAGAUAUCAAUGUUUGUAGGGGAUUAUUAGGGGAGAUGCCAAAUUCAAAAAUCAGACUUUCUCAUCAGAAAACCUGUAGUGCUGUAAUUUCCCACAGUCCAUAGUCACCCUGCUGUAUGCAAAUGAAGCCUUAUUUUCUGCUUUUUGGUACAGUUCAUAGCAGAGUGAUUUUUUCUAAGCUAAUAUUAGAACUGUUGUGGCUUUUUUUAUUUUUAAUCUAAACAAGUAUCAGUUAUGUAAUCAAAUUGAGGGUUGCUUGUGAAAACCUUCACUCACUAAAGAAGUGGGAUUAAUUAUUUGAAUAAGGGCUUCACUGUGUGAAUAAAUAUUUGCAGCUUUAUUACCAAGGCAAAACCCACCUGUUCUUAGUGUAGGAAUUGUCCCCAGAUGAAAAGUAAGAGAAUGUAUUGGUUUGCAGUAAACAUAUCUUUAGGUUGCUAAACUCAGAUGUUAUGAGUGGAUAAAUAACUGAACAGAAAGAUUUGUUUGCUGCAUUGAUAAAUAGUAUGAGAGCAGCUAAGCACAGUAGGGUAAACAAACAGGAAGAAGUAUGAAAACACAGAUUCAAAGAUGCCUAGAAGUACAGAUGCGUAGGGUUAACAAACAUGACAGGAUAUGAAUAACCAAUAUACGAACAACUGCAAAUAUAAAGAAUGAGUUUUGUGGGUUACAGCCAAUUUAGCUAGCCUUAGGUGAUGUUCACUAUGGCACCACUUCUCGUUUCUGUGCAGAGCUGGAAAUCUACUACAGAUAUUUGGGGAUUCUAUUUUUUAUUUUUGAAAAAGUUCUUAAGUCAAGAUGGGAUCAUUUUAAGGACAGUGUUUUUUAGCCUUUUUUCAUCUGUUCAAGUGCAACAAGGUUUUUAAAGGAGAGGGAGACUGCUACACAAACUUAUCUUGCCAUCGCUCACCUCAUCUCGUUCCUGUGAUACACACAAGAAUUGGUUCUAUGAUGAAACUUUACAAAGGUGCUGUUACCGGUGCCCCUCAGGGUAUGCUAAAAGGAAAGCCUGUCCCACGGACCCAGCUGAAGACUGCAUGAGAUGUGGACCUGAACAAUAUCUGAACGAAGAAUCCCAAAAGCCACAUUGUGAUGCUUGUGUGUCAUGUACAAAAGAAUCUGACCUUGUGGAGAAAGUGCCCUGCUCCUUCAAUUCUAGCCGCGUGUGUGAGUGCCGACCAGGUCUGUUCUGUCAGACUGCUGUUAAGUACACCUGCAUGCGAUGCCAGCAGCACACUGCUUGCAAGCCUGGUUUUGGAGUCAAAGUCAGAGGCACCUCAACAACUGAUGUUGCUUGUGAAGAAUGCCCCCCUGGGACCUUCUCUGACCAAACCUCCAGCACUGACAUCUGCAAGCCCCAUACUGACUGUGCCAAGUUAAACAAAGUAGCACAAAGCAAAGGAAAUGCCACACAUGAUGAGGUUUGCCUGGACCAGUUGCCCACCUACCUCACCCCAGGCACUUUCUCCACCAGAUUCAGCAAUGAAACAAAUAACUCUGACCUACUGAGGCUUGAGGCGAACUUGGUCACUAUUUCUAGUGCUCUUUUAAGUGCUGCAACAACUGAAAACCCUAGUUCUACUCCCAAGCAGAAUGCUCCGGCUGGUACUCUUCCCACCUCAGACAAGGGGGAGACAACAACAGGAGUAGGUCUUGUUUGGGGAGUGGUUCUCUCUGUGAUGCUGCUACUGGUAGGCAUGCUGUUGUUUUGGAAAUGGAAGAUAUGCAAGAAACGAAUCUUCAUCCUCAAAGGAAAAUCACAUCUCACUUCACACAAAUCCAGGAUCAGAUCUGACGGUUCUGAUCUGGUGAAUGGUAUUCCGAAACAGAUCCCUUUCUUUUCCAAUAUCAUGCUUACUACUGAUCAAGGGCCAGAAGAGAAGGAGCUAAUUGACAGAAACCUUCCUUUGGAAACCAAUAACAACUUGGUUUCCAGCACAGAAAAAGCUUGUAGUCCUGAUCUGAGUCUAACUGAUGUGACACAGAGCAAUGGAAAUGCCCCAGAUUGCCCUGUCGAUUCUCGAGUGAGAGACCACACAAAUAAUCGAAUUGAAACAAUAUACAUCAUGAAGGCCGAUACUGUUAUUGUGGGGUCCAUUUCAGAAGUGCCUGGUAGCAAGAACUGUGCUGCUAGAGGAUGUGAAAGUGAUGUUGAUAUACAGGAAAACACGGAAGAGGAAUUGGAGAUGCACUAUCCAGAGCAGGAGACAGAGUCUUUUCCAGGGAAUGAUGUCAUGGUUCCUGUGGAAGAGGAGGGAAAGGAAUUCCAUCACCCCACCACUGCCACUGAAAAGUGAUAGCCCACCAAGAAGGUGUGCAGCUACAAAAACACCCAGUGUGACACUAAGCCGAAAUCUACAACAAGGGAGGCAAACACAUAGUGUCUUAAAUAAUCUGAAAACUCAUGUAGAACACCAAAAAACAUUCAGACAAGGAGCACUAUAACCUAUUUCAUCUAACUAAUGAGAGGAUUAUUCAAACUGCUGGCCUUUGUAGAUCAUAUCAAAUAUUUUCUCUUUCCCUUGCUCUCCCAGUAUCAUGCUGGAAACAAAUUUGAAUCAAAGCUACAAAAUUCAGAGGACUUCUGGAUGCUAACUCAAAUUUCACAGCUUGCUUUCUCUGUGUGAAGGACUGGAUCGAAACCUACGUUUGAUUACUUCUAUUAGCUAUUAAAAUUCUGGCCAUAAUUCCAAGUUAAUCUUGACACCCAGCCACGUUUCACAUAUUGUUUCUGUUCUUUUACCAACACUUCCAAUUUUGACACAGAUUUUGUAACAUCCAGUAUUUUUUAAGGUCUCUGCUCUUGAAUGAAAGUGAUGAUAAUUUCAGUUUUCACUAACAAAUAGGACUCUUGCCUUGUGGACUUCAUAAGGAAACAGGAUCAACAAGCUUGGAAAACAGAAUGCAAAUAAAACUAGUUGAAGUCCGUUGUACUUUAGGCCAAUCCUUCUAUUUUUGUCACGUCUGAUUCAUGUUUCUAGACUAUUUCAAAUCAUUAGUAAGCACAGAAAAUGGUCUCUUCUAAUGGAAGCCAAACUAGCUGAACAUUUGGAUGUUGAAUGAACUACAGGUUUAAGCCAACGCGAAAUCUGUAAAAGGGGAAAAUAAGAAAAACUUUUUCUACAAAAAAUGAAGGACUGAAAAAUAGGCUAGCAAUUACUUCUUGUCACAUUGUCAAUAUCUGCUUGCUUUAGAAAAAUUUCUCAUAAUCAUAAGAGUGACACUGAAUCAUAUAUGUUCUUUAAAAUAAUUCUGUUUGGUUUUGUGGUCAACUGCCUUGUGUUACGCAGUUUCUCAAAGUUCAUGCUGCUUGUUUGAUAACUGUAAAUGUAAUAGUGCUGACUAUGUUUUUGCACAGGACAGUGGAAAAUGAGCAAGAUGACAAAGUGUGCCUUAAUAGUAAAAAAAGGAACCACAAAAACAA